CCCGUCUCCCGCCCCAAAUUCUUCCCUCCCAUUUCCAUCCCCUUCAAGGCCCCACUCAUUCUCUCUCAUAUGAAAUUUCUUUCCCCGUUUCCACCCGGCGAUCUCCGGCUCCCUUGAAGCCUAGCAAUUUGAGCCCUGGGCGUGCUUCUUGGAGGAUCGCCGCUGGAGAAAUCAUGGAGUGAUUCGUCAACAGUCGCGUUUCUUCGCGUGGAUCUGGCUUUCACGCGGUGUCUUCGUGAUUUCGGUAGCUGAGGAUCGAGAUGUCUAGGGUUGCAAGUAAUUGGGAACGACUGGUUAGGGCGACGCUAGAAAGAGAGCAGCUGCGGACCUCCCGGCAGGGCCACAUAAGGGAAUCGGAUGACCUCCUUUCUGCUGUUCCGCCCUCGCUAGAGAAGAGGGCUAACAUCGAUGCAAUUCUCCAGGCAGCGAACGUGAUCGAGGAUGAAGACCCAAACGUCGCUAGGAUAUUAUGUGAACAAGCAUACACGUUGGCACAGAACCUGGAUCCAAAAAGUGAAGGGAGAGGUGUAUUGCAAUUCAAGACUGGUUUAAUGUCAGUGAUUAAGCAAAAACUCUCAAAGAGGGAUGGGGUUAGGAUUGACCGCAAUCAGGACAUUGAACGCCUAUGGCAAUUUUACCAAUCAUAUAAAAAACGAUAUAAGGUGGAUGACAUCCAAAAGCAAGAGCAGAGAUGGAGGGAAUCUGGGGCCUUCAGUGGCCAGUUUGGAGAGCUGGAACAAAUAUCUGUAGGAAUUGGAAAAGUCUAUGCCACUCUGAGGGCCUUGGUUGAGGUGAUGGAGUUACUUUCACGGGAUGCACCUCGUGAAGGCGUUGUCAGGCAAAUUCAUGAAGAGUUGAGAAAAAUAAAGCCAACUACGGAUGAACUUACACCAUACAAUAUUGUGCCACUGGAUGCCCCGUCAUUGACUAAUGCCAUUGGAUGGUUUCCUGAGGUUAAAGCUGCAGUCUCUGCUAUUAGGUAUUCAGCUAACUUUCCUGAACUUCCUUCUCACAUGGAGGAUUCCCAGCAGCAUCGUUUAGACAUGUUUGAUCUUCUUCAGUAUGUCUUCGGUUUUCAGAAAGACAAUGUGAGGAACCAGCGUGAAAAUGUUAUUCUUUCUGUAGCAAAUGCACAGUCUUGUUUUGCCAUACCUGCUGGGGUGGAACCAAGAAUAGAUGACAAGGUCAUUACAGAGUUUUUUUUGAAAGUUAUGGAUAACUAUAUGAAAUGGUGCAAGUACUUGCGUAUUCGGUCUGCAUGGAGCAGUGUGGAGGCUGUCAUCAGGGAAAGGAAGUUGUUUUUCAUUUCUUUGUAUUUUUUAAUAUGGGGGGAAGCUUCAAAUGUUCGUUUUCUGCCGGAAUGUAUUUGUUAUAUAUUUCACCAAAUGGCAAAGGAAUUGGAUGUGAUACUAGAUCAUCCUGUUGCUCAACCUGCAAAGAGCUGUACAACUGAGUCAGGGACUGUGUCAUUCCUUGAUGAGAUCAUCAGCCCUAUAUAUAACAUCUUGGCUCAGGAGGCUGAUGUGAAUAAUGAUGGCAAGGCCGCACAUUCUGCCUGGCGCAACUAUGAUGAUUUCAACGAGCAUUUUUGGUCAGAUAGGUGCCUGAAGUUGAGCUGGCCUAUGAGAAAGGAUUCUCCUUUCUUCAAAAAAUCUAAAAAAUGGAGAGGGGCAAGUAAAAAUGGAUUUGUAGAGCAUCGGACAUUUCUUCAUCUGUACCGCAGCUUUCACCGGCUAUGGAUUUUCUUGGCUAUGAUGUUCCAGGGAUUAACAAUCAUUGGCUUCAACAAUGGAAAAUUAACCACGACUACUUUCAAACAAUUGCUCAGCCUUGGACCAACUUUUGCUGUUAUGAAUUUCAUAGAGAGCUGCUUGGAUGUGAUGCUUAUGUUUGGGGCAUAUACAACUUCCAGAGGCCUUGCUAUUGCAAGGCUCUGUGUUAGGUUUUUAUGGUUUGGUUGCUCUUCGGCAUUUCUUUCUUUCUUGUACUUGAAAAUUAUGCAGGACAGAAGUCGGGAACCUUUGAAUUCAAUUUAUUUUCGGAUAUAUAUUCUCAUUUUGGGGGUCUAUGCAGCCUUGCGCUUGUUCCUUGCGGUGUUACUAAAAUUUCCUGCUUGUCACACUCUUUCUGACAAGUGUGACCGGUGGUCGGUUUUUCAAUUUUUUCAAUGGAUGUAUGAGGAACGAUACUAUGUUGGUCGUGGCCUUUAUGAAAGCAUCAGUGACUAUGCCAGGUAUGUGCUCUUUUGGUUGGUGAUAUUUGUUUGCAAAUUCUCAUUUGCAUACUUCCUCCAGAUAAAACCACUAGUCAGUCCAACAAAAAUAAUUGUGAACCUUUCUGAUUUACAAUAUUCCUGGCGCGACCUUGUAUCAAAGCACAAUCACAAUGCUCUAACUGUAGCAAGUCUUUGGGCCCCUGUAAUUGCAAUUUACCUUCUGGACUUGCAUAUCUGGUACACCCUCUUGUCUGCAUUGAUUGGUGGUAUUAUGGGGGCACGUGCCCGUUUAGGAGAGAUUCGCACCAUAGACAUGGUACACAAGCGCUUUGAGAGUUUUCCAGAAGCUUUUGUUAAAAAUCUUGUUUCAUCCCGUUCUAGGAGGGUUCCUUCUGAAAGACAUUCUUCUCAGGAGUCUCUAGAAAUGAAAAAGAUUGAUGCUGCAAAAUUUUCUCCUUUCUGGAAUGAAAUUAUCAAGAGUUUACGUGAGGAAGAUUAUAUCAGUAACCGGGAAAUGGACUUGCUCUCCAUGCCUAGCAAUCUUGGAAAUUUAAGAUUGGUUCAGUGGCCGCUUUUUCUUCUAAGUAGCAAGAUAUUCUUGGCCAUAGACUUGGCCGUGGACUGCAAGGAUACACAGAUGGACCUUUGGAAUAGAAUAUCUAAGGAUGAAUACAUGGCUUAUGCUGUUCAGGAGUGUUAUUACAGUGUGGAAAAGAUCUUGCUUUCCCUGGCUGAUGGUGAGGGGAGACUUUGGGUUGAGAGGCUUUGUCGUGAAAUUAAUGAGAGCAUUUUAGAGCGUUCUCUUCUUGUAAAUUUGAACCUUAAGAAACUGCCAAUGGUCGUGUCAAGAUUUACAGCUUUGACAGGACUUCUUGUACGAAAUGAAACUCCAGAGCUUGCUAGAGGUGCUGCAAACGCAAUCUAUGAAGUUUAUGAAGUAGUUACUCAUGAGCUGCUUUCUCACAGUUUAAGGGAGCAGCUUGACACAUGGAAUAUUUUGAUUAGAGCAAAAAAUGAAAAUCGUCUCUUUUCUCGAAUACAUUGGCCUAAUGAUCCUGAAGUUAAAGAGCAGGUUAAACGAUUGCAUUUACUUCUUACUGUAAAAGAUUCGGCUGAAAAUGUGCCAAAGAAUCUGGAAGCAAGAAGGCGACUGCAAUUCUUUACAAACUCUUUAUUCAUGGACAUGCCACCUGCAAAGCCUGUCUCUGAGAUGAUUCCUUUCAGUGUAUUUACCCCAUAUUAUAGUGAGACUGUGCUAUAUAGUUCUGCUGAAUUACGAGUUGAGAACGAAGAUGGCAUAUCCACGCUUUUCUAUCUUCAGACUGUAUAUCCAGAUGAAUGGAGAAACUUCUUGGAGCGAAUUGGGCGUGAUGACUUAACGGUUGACCAGGAUCUCCAAAACAGCUCAAGCGAUUCCCUGGAGUUGAGGUUCUGGGCAUCUUACAGGGGUCAGACAUUAGCCAGAACAGUGCGUGGGAUGAUGUACUACAGGAAGGCUCUAAUGCUUCAGAGCUACCUAGAAAAGAGAAGUUCAGGCGAAAUUGAGGAUGGAUACUCAGGAGCUGAUUUUAUGAGUUCUCAUGGUUAUGAACUAUCUCGUGAAGCACGCGCUCAAGCUGAUUUGAAGUUUACUUAUGUGAUAUCAUGCCAAAUAUAUGGGCAGCAGAAGCAAAAAAAGGCUCCCGAGGCUGCAGAUAUUGCUCUCUUGCUUCAAAGGAAUGAGGCCCUUCGAGUUGCAUUCAUACAUGUGGAGGAAAACGUAACAAGUGAUGGUAAAGUUUCAAAGGAAUAUUACUCAAAACUAGUUAAAGCUGAUGUGCAUGGAAAGGAUCAGGAAAUAUACUCUAUCAAGCUUCCUGGGGAUCCAAAGCUUGGAGAGGGAAAACCAGAAAACCAAAAUCAUGCUAUAAUAUUUACCCGUGGUGAUGCCAUUCAGACAAUUGAUAUGAAUCAGGAUAAUUACCUUGAGGAGGCCAUGAAAGUGCGAAACCUUCUUGAAGAAUUCAAUGGAAAGCAUGGACUCCGGCGUCCAACUAUACUUGGUGUCAGGGAGCAUGUUUUCACUGGAAGUGUGUCAUGCUUAGCUUGGUUUAUGUCCAACCAAGAGACAAGUUUUGUUACCUUGGGGCAACGGGUUUUGGCUUAUCCAUUGAAAGUUCGCAUGCACUAUGGACAUCCAGAUGUGUUUGAUCGGAUCUUUCAUUUGUCUCGAGGUGGAAUAAGCAAGGCAUCCCGUGUGAUUAACAUAAGUGAAGAUAUAUAUGCUGGCUUCAAUUCAACCUUGCGUCAAGGGAAUAUCACACAUCACGAAUACAUUCAGGUUGGAAAAGGGAGAGAUGUUGGCCUGAACCAGAUUGCACAGUUUGAAGGCAAAGUUGCUGGUGGUAAUGGAGAGCAAGUUUUGAGCAGGGAUAUUUACCGGCUUGGGCAACUUUUUGAUUUUUUCAGGAUGCUGUCCUUCUACUUUACAAGUGUUGGCUUUUAUGUCUGCACCAUGAUGACUGUUUUGACCAUCUAUUUUUUCCUCUAUGGGAGGGUCUAUCUGGCCCUUUCCGGAUUAGAUCGUGCCAUUUCAAGAAGUGCUAAGUUUUUGGGGAACACUGCUUUUGAUGCAGCUUUAAAUGCUCAAUUUCUUGUUCAGAUUGGUGUCUUCACUGCUGUUCCAAUGAUAAUGGGCUUCAUAUUAGAACUGGGAUUGCUGAAGGCAUUUCUUAGUUUUAUUAGCAUGCAGCUCCAGUUUUGUUCAGUUUUUUUUACUUUCUCUCUUGGGACGAGAACUCAUUACUUUGGCCGAACAAUCCUCCAUGGAGGUGCAAAAUACCGAGCAACUGGAAGAGGCUUUGUUGUCCGCCACAUAAAGUUUGCUGAGAAUUACCGACUUUACUCUCGCAGUCAUUUUGUUAAAGCAUUUGAAGUUGCCCUUCUUCUGGUCAUCUAUCUUGCAUAUGGUUAUACCAAGGGAGGAGCUGUCUCCUACAUUCUUCUGACAAUCAGCAGUUGGUUUCUUGUCAUAUCAUGGCUCUUUGCUCCCUAUAUAUUUAAUCCAUCUGGGUUUGAGUGGCAAAAGACUGUGGAGGACUUUGAUGAUUGGACAAGUUGGCUUCUCUACAAGGGUGGUGUUGGUGUUAAAGGAGAAAACAGCUGGGAAUCUUGGUGGGAUGAAGAACAGGCACACAUACAGAGACUAAGUGGACGUAUUGUCGAAACUAUCUUGACUUUGAGGUUCUUCAUCUUCCAGUAUGGUGUUGUGUAUCAUCUUCAAGCGUCUGGAUCAAGUACAUCAAUCUGGGUCUAUGCAAUCUCAUGGCUUGCGCUUCUUGGUUUUGUCAUAGUAUUCCAGGUCUUCACCAUUAGCCCAAAAAAGUCGGCAUAUUUCCAGUUAGGAAUGCGGACAAUUCAGGGCGCAACUUUUAUUGCACUCAUUACAGGCAUAGUGCUUGCAGUUGUUUUCACUUCCUUGUCUGUUACUGACUUGUUUGCGAGCUUGCUAGCGUUCAUUCCUACAGGCUGGGCCUUCUUAUGUCUUGCAAUUACGUGGAAGGGAUUUGUCAGAAGGCUCGGUGUGUGGGACUCGGUUCGCGAGAUCGCUAGAUUCUACGAUGCCGCAAUGGGGAUGUGUAUAUUUGCUCCAAUUGCAUUUGUGUCAUGGUUCCCAUUUGUUUCAACGAUACAGUCCCGCGUUCUCUUCAAUCAAGCUUUCAGCCGUGGGCUUGAAAUGUCCCUGAUCCUUGUGGGGAACAAGGCUAACGUUCAGAUCUAGGUGUCUCUAGCGCAUCAGGUGUCUCUUGGUGCGAAGAGGGCAGAUUCAAGCCUAGCCAGUUCCAAGAAGUCUUCGUUCUCCAGGCCAUCGUAUUUCAGAAUAUAUUUUCCACGUACAUCUCCGGUGCGUUGUAAAUGCUGUGGUUUUGUAAUUUUCAGAUUCUUCGAACUCGAAUUUUUGCCUUUGUAACUUGUUGGUCUUGUAAUAUUUGACAUUUUGUGUUUA